GAAAGAGGAAGUUCACUGCUUCAAGGUGUCUCGUUCCAGCACCGCUAGAGUUAUCGAAUCCCGUCACUAAGCGGACAUCUAUAGCCAUAUCUACCACACACCUCCCCCAGUGAUCUCUCUUCCACCCUCACCCUCAUCACAAUUACUGCAUUGAGAAGCAACAUCAUGACACAAAAAGUACUCCUUCUCGGCGCCGGCUUCGUCGUCCGACCCACGCUGGUCGAGCUCGACAAGGCGGGCGUGCAGGUCACUGUCGCCUGCCGCACUCUCGACAGUGCCAAGAAACUCGUCGCUGGUGACCUCAAGCACGCCAGCGCCAUCUCCCUCGACGUCAACGACAGCAAGGCCCUGGAGGAGGAGAUUGCCAAGAACGACUUGGUCAUUUCUCUCAUCCCAUACACCUUCCACGCCCUCGUCAUCAAGGCCGCCAUCGCCGUCAAGAAGCAUGUCGUCACCACUUCAUACGUCUCUCCAGCCAUGCAGGAGCUGGAUCAGGCCGCCAAGGACGCCGGCAUCACCGUCUUCAACGAGAUUGGCCUGGAUCCGGGUUUGGACCACUUGUAUGCUGUCAAGACUAUCGAUGAGGUGCACAAGGCCGGCGGCAAGAUCACCGGUUUCUGGUCCUACUGUGGUGGUCUGCCCGCUCCCGAGAACUCGGACAACCCGCUCGGUUACAAGUUCUCCUGGUCGCCACGUGGUGUGCUUCUCGCUGCUCGCAACACUGCCACCUUCUACCAGGACAACAAGAAAGCCGAGAUUGAGGGCAAGGACCUGAUGAGAUCUGCCAAGCCAUACUUCAUCUACCCCGGUUAUGCCUUCGAGGCCUACCCUAACCGUGACAGCACACCGUACAGACAGCGAUACAACAUUCCCGAGGCCGAGACGCUCAUUCGUGGCACGCUUCGUUACCAGGGCAACCCAUCGAUUGUGCAGACCUUCCGUGACCUCGGUCUGCUCAGCGAAGAGCCACAAGACUACCUCAAGCAGCCCAUCGCCUGGAAGGAAGCCUUUGCCAAGAUUGUCGGUUCUUCGAGUCACAAUGUGAAGGAUCUCGAAUGGGCCGUCACCUCCAAGACCAAGUUCACCGACAACGAUGCCAAGGACCGCAUUCUCGCCGGUCUUCGAUGGUAUGGCCUCUUCAGUGACGACAAGAUUGAGCCUCGCGGUACUCCGCUUGACGUCCUCUGCGCCACGCUCGAGAAGAAGCAGCAAUACGAGAAAGGCGAACGGGACUUUGUCAUGCUUCAGCACAAGUUCGAAAUCACCUGGCAAGAUGGCAAGAAGGAGUUGAGGACUUCUACACUUGCCGAAUAUGGUGAACCAGAAGGCAGUGGAGGUUACAGUGCAAUGGCCAAGCUGGUCGGUGUUCCUUGCGCAGUCGCUGUUUUGCUUGUGCUGGAUGGUACGAUUAAGCAAAAGGGUGUGCUUGCGCCGGUCACUCCAGAGCUGGUCGAGCCCCUUCGUCUCGAGCUGCAGAAGAAGUAUGGCAUCGAGCUGACGGAGAAGACUCUGGCUUAGGAUGCUGGUGACUCCUCCGUCCUGUGAGCCCUGCGCGCCGCAGUACUGGAGUCUUUGGGAUACAAACGACCUCGUGACUGAGUCACAUAAGAGCUCUGUUGUCAAUGAAGCCACAGCACUCGAUCUGGGCCUGGAGUAAGCCAUGGCCAUGACCCCAUUGAAAGGCAAGGCCUAUCCCGGCCAGAUAAGAUCACGAUAGCAUGAUAAAAAAGGACUCGGGCUUGGGAAAAAAACGUUCCAGCUUGUUAGAUAGGCCCACAAAUAUAGAUGGUGCAAGAUCUCGUCUCUCC